AUUUCGUGCUGUAAGGCACAAUACACCGCUGUUUAUACAACAUAUUUAAAUUGCUCGUCUCCUUUCAUUAUACCAACUUCCUGGCCUAGAUAAACACAGCAGAAUGUCGACCAGCAAGCCCAUUCUGAUCUCCGGCGCUGGCCUUGGGUCACUCCUCCUUGCCCAGUCCCUGCGACUGUCCAAGAUCCCUUUCAAGAUCUUCGAGCGCGAUGCGUCAUUUGUGUUUCGCGCCCAAGGGUACCGACUCCGGCUAUCGUCAGAAGGCCUCGACGCUAUCGAAUCCGUGCUCGACGCUCAAACAUGGCAGAAGUUUUGGGAUAAAUGCGGUAAAACCGGUGGUAGUGGCUUCACCGCAUUCAACGCCGUGACCGGGGAGCAGACGGAGCAUACUGUGCCUGAGCAGCUGUCGUCACGAGACGGCAAGAUUGUCGGGAUAGCCCGGGGAGACAUGCGGAAGGUCUUCGCCGAGGGCUGUGAAGAUCACAUUGAAUGGGGCAAGCACGUUACGGGCUACGAACUCACCGACGACGGUGUCCAGGCAACGUUUUCCGAUGGCACCAAGUCGGUCGAAGGAUCGAUGCUCAUUGGAGGUGAGGGCAUAUACUCCAAGGUUGCACGACAGCUCUCGGGCGGAAAGCUCAAGGUCUACGAUACGGGCGCCAGGGGCAUACACGGCCAGGCGCCUACCACGGCCUUCAAAGGCCUAGGCGAAGGCGUCUUCAGGCUCCGAGAUGAAACUCACCCGGAAGGUUCCGUUUUUAUCAUCACCAACGUUCGCUCCGAUGAUAUGGACGAUCCGAAUGUCCAAUUCGGCUGGACCAUGGGAGGUCAGCCAGGCGUCAUCCGCGCCCCCAACGACGACUUCUCCAUCGUGGGAAAGCAGGCUGCUGAUAUCGCCAAGUCCAUCUCCAAGGAUUGGCAUCCACGCUUCAAGCCGCUAUUCGACAACAUGGACGAGUCCGAAGCCGCCUUCUGGAAGAUUACGUGCUCGACCCCGUCAGGUGUGCCGCAGUGGCCCAACGAGCCUCGUGUGACCGUCAUUGGUGAUGCCGUUCAUUCCAUGACUCCUGCGGGAGGGAUUGGCGCCAACACUGCCGUUCGAGACUCCGCCUUGCUUGGGAGGCUAUUUCGCGAGGCUGGUGGCUACAAGGCUGGCAUCACACUUGCCUAUGAGGACGAGAUGAGGGUUUACGCCAGCGAGGCUGUUCACCAGAGUUAUACCACUGCCGUUGGUGGAUUUGGCGUCAAGAUUGACGAAAGCACUAGCCCAGUGGUGUAGAUACAGUGUCUGUGUAGGGGUGUGUCGGGACAGCGGACAUUGUGUCAUGUAUGUGAGGCUGAAUAGUCACUAAUUUCAGAAUCACCGCACCUCGAAUACUAGGCCUACUACAUACACCACGUACCGUACCUAGUGAACUAUGAUCAAGCGUAUACGUAACAAUGUGAC